UUUUGUUAAUUAUAUGACACUUAAAUUUUUUUUUUCAGACGACAACAGUUCACUCAUCACUUAACCAGCACUUUGCAGAAGUAAUUGCCAGUGCCCACCUUGAUGUGACUGGACCACCGAAUGUGUACCAUGCACCAGCAUUCAUUUCAAGUCUUUCUAAAUACUUUCUUCCACAUGCUACCUUGUGGUCAGGAAUGCUGCUUGGAGACCUUGGACGGCAUGGCAAAGGAUCAGCGUAUGUCUUUCUCAGUAAACGGUACAAUCAGGUGUCGCAGUUGAACACGCAGAACUACACUGAAGACAACCGUACACAAGGGAUCAUGGAAAAAAGUCAAUGGGACCUGAAAAGGAUUCGUUUUGAUGGAAAGCGUCUCACUAGAUUAGAUGACUUUGUGCUCAUAUAUCAAAGGAAACAUGAUGGUCUUCUCAGAGAAUAUGGAGAUGUGGUCAACAAAAGGAGGAAGUCUUACCGAGUGGAGACCGAGAAGUGGAAGAAAAUAAGUAGAAAGCGAAAAGGCUUCUAUGUAACUCCUCAGAUGGGAAAACAAGUCAAACAGGAUUAUCUACAAGAACCACCAGACUCAGAUGUGCCCACAGAGCAGACUGAAGCUGUCACUACACAGAGCACAGAAGACAUCCAAGGAUGGGAUUUGCCAAACAACUCCAGAAAAGUCCAGGAGGCGGAAAAGGGCAAAACAUUGGAUAAAUUACAGGUCACAGCACUGUGGAAAAGAGAGGAAACCGAAGUUGUCGUUGCUGUGAUUCCAUCACAAAUAAAAGGGAACAACUUUAUAGUUCACCACAGCGAGCUGCAAUCCCUGGAACCUCAUCAAUGGUUAACAGGCGAGAUUAUAGAGUGUGCUCUGCAUGUUAUGGCCUGCAAGCUGGAUUUGGGCAGUAAGAUAUACAUUCUGAACCACUACACUGCUGGUGUCAUCCUGUUUGGGAAAAGAGAAAUGAUGAGGAGGCACUGUUUGUCUUGAUUAUUUUUUGCUUAAUGUUGUGUUAAAUCUCAGUGUUACGUAAACUUUAUGUGUCCCUAUGGUAGAUGGGUCAAUCAUUGGCAUUAAGAACUUGCGUUAACAUUUCUGUUCCUGCAAGUUUUUUUGUAAUGUCUUGGUAAAUUUUUUUCUGUUUUAAUAUAUGACAGUCCCUGUUUUUUCUGUAGAGUUAUAGUUUCUUUAUUCUGUGUGUUUUUGGGUGGUGCAACCCUAUUGGCUUUGGUACUGAGGAAAAUUAGAGGAAUAAUGAAUUGUGAGUACUAUAGACAAUUUAAUACAGUACUCAAAGACAGUGCUAUUCAAAAUUCGGUAAUGACAUGUAUUUGUUAGGGUCCCUGGGUCGUUGAGCCAUAGUGUUAAUUGCUCAUUACUGUUGUACUUUGAUUGUUGCUUUUGUUUACCGUAUGUGAUCUUUUGGUUUCUUUGUCAUAGUUGUACCUUUUUGUUUCUUUUCUGUGUUCCAUAGUUGCUGUCUACCCUUUCGGCUGUAUCGACGUGUCAAGUCUGCGUCUGUGUUUUUUUCCAUGUUUUAAUUAGAAAGUCUAUGUCUCAUGUUAAAGUGUCUGUUUUUGCUUCCUUUGUGUCGUUAGGCCUGAGUUGCCACAGUUGUAGUUCCAAUCCUGUUUCCCAUUCCCUGCUCGCUCCCUCUGUGUUUUUCAGCCCUGUGUUUUCAUCUACACGUCUCACGAUCUACUGUCUCCUAUGCUGCGUGUUGUCCCUGCCAGCCACCGGGCCGAGCUGGUUCAUUUUGUGUUCGAGUUCCGAACAGUUGUCUGUUUGCCGUCCGGCAUUAUUGCUGUAGUUAAGUUCAACAUUUGUUUCCGCGACUGCAUUUUGGGUACUUUGCCUGCCUGCAUGUGGCCCUGACAUGACAGUAUAACCCUUGCACAGGGAGUUCUUCAAAAUGAGGCGUACUGCUAUCGGCAAGACUGACUGGGUGGAUAUAAAGUUACAAGGAGAAGUUGUGAAACACCCAGUUCAGAAGGACACAAAUAGCUGCGGUGUGAUUGUCAUCUUGGUAA